CUCAAAAGAGCGACAGUUUUUUUGGCGUGGCAUCCACCAAUUGCCAGACAGGUGAUUUGUUUCCCGCUCUGGAUGUUCCGCGAAAAAGGGAUUUAGAUUUUGAAUCAACGGUACGACAAUCCACUCUGGAUCUCAAAUUGCAACCAGAAGAUGGUUUUGUGCUAAAAGUUGUACAGUUAGAGGAAUUGCUUCAUGUUCGUCAUUCAGUUUUCAUUGUUGGAUUUGCUGGAACCGGAAAAACGGAAGUUUGGAAAACACUUAAUCGAACAUACUUUAAUCAGCACUUAAAGCCAUAUUAUAACGACUUGAAUCCGAAAGCAGUGACCAAUGACGAACUAUUUGGAAUUAUCAAUCCUGCAACGCGGGAAUGGAAAGACGGAUUGUUCUCCGUGAUAAUGAGAGAUCAGGCAAACAUGACAGGAAAUGAUCCAAAAUGGAUCAUUUUUGACGGCGAUAUAGAUCCGAUGUGGAUCGAGUCAUUAAACACUGUCAUGGAUGACAACAAAGUGUUAACUUUGGCUAGCAACGAAAGAAUCGCUUUAACGGAACACAUGAGGCUUCUCUUCGAGAUUUCAAAUCUUAGGACAGCAACGCCAGCUACUGUUUCCAGAGCAGGAAUUCUUUAUAUAAAUCCACAAGAUAUUGGCUGGUAUCCAUUUGCAACCAGCUGGAUAGAAACAAGAGACCCAGCUGAGAGAGCGAACCUAACCAUUCUGUUCGAUAAAUAUGUACCAUCCCUUGUUGAAAUGACAAAAUCUAGGUUUAAGAAAAUUACGCCAUUACCAGAAAUAUGUCACGUGGAAAUGCUUUGUAAAUUACUGGACUAUUUUCUGAUUAAGGAAAAUGUAACACCGGAUUGCCCAAAGGAAUGGUACGAAUUAUACUUUGCAUUUGCCUGUAUUUGGGCGUUCGGAUCGGCGACCUUUCAAGAUCAAUUGAUCGAUUGGCGAAACGAGUUCAAUAAGUGGUGGCAAAACGAAUUUAAGACUAUCAAGUUUCCUACUGGCAGCAACGUGUUUAAUUUUUUCAUCGAGAACGAAACAAAGAAGUUGGUUCCAUGGAGUGAGAAGAUACAGGCCUUUGAACUGGAUCCUGAUAUACCUCUCCAAGUUCGUUUAAACAAUUUUUCAUAAAAAAAAAUUCUUUAGAUACCAAACAAAUGUUAGAAUAAGAUAAUUUAAGUCUUUAUUCUUCGACUCGUUUCUAGAACUUCAUCCUUUCUUUUUACUGAAAGAUCUGCUGUAAAUGCUUUACGUAGAUCUUUAUUAUAUAAGGAAUUUCAUUUUAGUCGACCACAAUCUAAUCUAAACUAUAUGUUAUUCGAAGAAGUGUUUCAAGUAAAACUUGUUCUGUUUCAAGGAGGACGUCUUAUGACGACUGUAAGAUUUGUCCGUGUGGAGGACUUUUCAACAUCUGAAGGUGACCUUUUUUUUUUAAUGGAACUGUAUAUUUUUUAUACAGUAGAGCUUGAAAAAUAUUUCAGUACUAAUUUCAUGAACUUGAGUGUAAUAUAGAAGAUCAACAAAACAUAAAUAUAAAAGCAUUAUCUUUCCUUGUAUUUAAUACCUAUUUUUGCAGAGAAUUAAAAAAUGCAUCAAAUGAUGUAUAGAGUUUCCACUUUAAAAAGCAAAGGUAACAUUAUAACCUCCAAGGUACAUCCAUCUAGGUAAGAUCAUCAUAAGAUUUAUUAAUAAAUGUUUUCUGUCAAAUGCUUGUCAAAUCAAGGUAACAUUGCUGGUAUUCUUCUAAUAUCCAUAAAAUAUAUUGUUUAAAGCAAGUUUUACUUGAAACACAUUUUCGAAUAAUAUAUAGUUUAGCAGAUAUUUACAUGGACCUAUUGUGACGAGACACCCUGUAUUAUAGAAUUUCUUAUAAUUUUGAUAUAUACAGAGUGCACAAAAAGGUAGAAGAAAAACUUUAGGAGCACGUAGCAAUGAUGAAAACAAGCAAAAAAGGUUUUGAUAAACCCAUGAACCCAUUUGCACCUAUGUUCAUUGAGAUUUCUUCACUUGUUUUGAUGGGUACUAUAUGCUCCUAAAAAUUUUCCCUACUUUCUUGUGCAGCCUUCAUAAACGCAUAAAAUAGAAUUUAAACAGCAUAAAAAAAAAAAAAA